AUGAUUUAUUAUCAAUUUUACAACUAAAUUAGUAAUUGAGAACUUACGGAAGUGAUCUACCAAACAAACAAUCGUGCUUGUGUGUACAGAAAAACCAAAAUUUAUGUUGUUUUAAACUGAGUGUUCGUUUGCAUCUCGUUUGGAUUAUGGAAAAUGUUACUGCGACCGCAACAGCAGCCACCAUACGACAGCAACAACAACAAUUACAACAGCAUCAACAGUUGCAGCAACACCAUCAAGAGCAACAGCAACAACAUGAACAUCAGCAGCAAUUUUGCUUGCGUUGGCACAAUCAUCAGACCAGUCUUCUGAGCACACUGCCAGUGCUAUUGGAUCAAUCACAUCUGACUGAUGUCACCAUCUCGGCCGAGGGGCGUACUUUGCGUGCGCACAGAGUUGUGCUCAGCGCAUGCAGCACUUUCUUUCUGGAGCUCUUUCGUACACUGGACACCACCAGCCAUCCAAUUAUUAUUAUACCCGGCGCUUCGUUUGCAGCAAUCGUGGCGCUACUCACAUUCAUGUACUCCGGUGAGGUUAAUGUGUAUGAAGAGCAGAUACCGAUGUUGCUUAAUCUGGCAGAGACUUUAGGCAUUAAAGGGUUGGCAGAUGUGCAAAAUAAUUUACAGAAAGCAAAUAGACGCGCUGCAACAGCACCACCGGCGCCACCACCUCCCGCGCAUGACUUCUUGGACGCCUUACGUAAAGAAGAGACGGACACACCGCCUACGCCACCCUCCCCACCAGCAGCACCAAUGACUUCCAUGGCACCGCCCACGUUGCCACCACCUUUAGCCUCCACCGUACCACCGCCAAGCGCGCAGUUACCUUUACUCUCCGCCGCCACAGUGCCGAACGCAUUCAAUUCAACGCUACUCGGCAGCAAGCUUCCCACACCGCUGGAGAGCUUGUUUCUCAAGUCCUUGCAGUUUUAUCCGAACUUGCUGCCGCAGCCACUAAAUUUCUCACAAACAGCGCUGAAUAAGACAAAUGAAUUGCUGGCUAAAUACCAACAGCAAUGCAACAGUUUGUACCAGGAUGCGCUGAGUUUAUCCGCCAAGGAGACUUCACCAGCAUACACCGCUGAUGACUAUGCUCCAACUGGUCAGGUGUUUAGUGGCGCGUUGGAUGAGGCUGCCGUUGGUUAUGGCGCUGCUAAGCGUUUCUGUUUGGGUGAAAAACAGCGCACAUUGAGCUUAUCAACGGCGCAGGCGCAAAUGACGCAUCUACAUUAUCCGCAUCAACAGCCACAUGUACCGUCACCACAAGCGCACAUGCAACACACGUUAACACAUACACAAACGAGUUCACCACAACAAAAAGACAUCAAACGUAUUGAUAAGAUUGUCGAAAAUUUACGGAAAACGCCAACAGUCGGCGAAAGUGGCUUGUUGGGCACAAGCUGUGCGCCACAGUCACUUCAGCAGCAGCGUCAAUCACCGCUACAACAGCACCAAAGCCUACAUGGUCAACUCCAGACGCCGUCGCUGAGCGUGAAGACGUCAUUGGGCGGUAAUUACACGCCUACCUUGCAAUCACCACAUUUGAGUGGGCACAAAUCAACCUGGUCUUUGUCUGCGACAGCAACUUGCGGUACGACGCAGAGUCAAUUACAGCAGCACCAACAACACGCACACGCUAUGCCUUAUUUGAGCGCAGAGGAGCAGGUGGCCAAGCUGCAGCAACAAAUCGAUCAGUUUGCUAGCUGUAGCCGCAGCGCUGCACCAACUGCAACCACAGCAACAGGCGUCGGUAGUAGUGAGCUUAAAGCUAACGCGCAGUCCGAUACGCUGACUACACAGACAGAGAAGCCACCUACUGGCUCAGCACAUGCGACGCACACGCCCAAUGCGCCGAACACAAGUCCACAGCAGAAACCACCGUCCAAUUCAAAGUUGUAUGCGACUUGCUUCAUAUGCCACAAACAACUCAGCAAUCAAUACAACUUGCGUGUGCAUCUAGAAACCCAUCAGAAUGUACGUUAUGCUUGUAAUGUGUGCUCGCAUGUGUCGCGCAGUAAGGACGCUUUGCGUAAGCACGUCUCUUACCGUCAUCCCGGCGCGCCCUCACCCUGCGAAUCGGAAGCGCGUCGCAAACGUGCCUCUAAAGCGGCCAAUGCGUCACCGCCGGUCAUUACCGUCACCACGCCAACAAGUGCUGGUAAUUCAAGCAGCGGCAGCGCGACACCCACCUCACCCGCCGCUGCUGUCAGUGCACCAUUUCAAUUGAAUCCCCUCAAUACGAUUGCCACGUCAGCUGCGGGCACAACGGCCACCUCAAGCGGCACUGGCGGCAGUACGUCUGCUUUGAACGCGGAAGCGCAAAUGGUGGCGGCAGCACAAUUGAGUUCCGCGUAUAUGUUUCUACCAAAUCAAUUUCACUUAGCGGCUGCAGCAGCUGCUGCAGCACAACAACAACAGCAACAACAACAACAAUUGCAUAAUGCCAUAGAUGCUACGAAUACAGCAGCAGGGGUUGCAGCUUUAAGUUUUGCCACAACUUCGGCAACAUCUGCGCCAACUACCACGACUGCAGCGAAUGGUGAAGAUAGUGCUGCCGGCUUAUUGGCAGGCGGUAUGCAUAUAAAACGUGAACCCAGUCCAACUAUAAGCAGUCCAGGGGUGAGGCAACAAAUUAACAGCAAUAAUAAUAGCCUUAGCGGCGGAACGGAUAUGAGUCCAACAAAUAUGCCUUAAUAAAAGUGUUUGCAGUACAUACUUUAAGACACACUAAACACUUUUUAGCGCACUUUUUCCACCACUUACUAACUUAUUUCUAUCUAUGUUAAUUAUGUCGCAAUUUUAUUAGCAUUAUUAUUGCUUAUUUAGUAGUUAAAAAGCGGCUAUUAGACAUAAGUCCUUUAAAGACCUUUGAUUUCCGUCAAUCCCAUCGUUAGCCCCGGCUGUGAUAAUUAGUGAAAACCGUUUAACUUAAUUAUUUUAUUGGAGUUUAUGUUAUAACUUUUAGUUAUAUUUAUAGAAAAUAGCAAUCACUUAGCACCUACAUAAGUAUCGCCACUGACAUUCGAACAGUUGUCACUGUUUGUUGAAAUGUUUGCAGUUUUCAAAGUCAAAUAUUGGUACAUCAUAGGCUAGAUUACUUAAACUUUGCAGUUUUCAAAGUAAAAUAUCAGUAAAUCAUAGGCUAGAUUGCUUAAUGCCAGACUUUCUACAAGAAUUUAAGUUAUAUAGAUUUGAGCGCAACAAUAAAGCAGCACUUACCGAUAUUUUGCCCAAUUUGCUUUGCAGCCUACGAGUAGCAUAACAAACACUUGUGGAUUUGGUUAUUAACUCACUAUCUUUCACAUUAUUUCUGUAAACACUUUAUAUACACCACUUUUAAUUACCAAAAAGCACCGUAAAUGUGCUAAAACUCCACUUUUGCACACUUCUAACAGAGAAAUUAGCACUUGGGCCAAACUGCUUUGCCACUUCUUAAUGGCAGCAUGCUUCCUUAUGAAACAGUAGAAACACAUUGUGCACUCUAUACGUACACACUUCUUCUAUUUACGAUUUCACAUAAUUAAUUUGUUAAAAAAUACACUUUAGACACUUUUAGCAAAGAAAUUAACAACUUGUGCAAAUCUGUAGCGGCGCCUUCCAAAGGCGUGUGCUGGCAGCAGGCACACAUGCUUAUUGGCGUUAUUUCUUCACUACAUUUCAUAAUAUAUCUACUUAUUUGCAAUUAAUACACUACACUUUGUUUGUUAAUACACACCGCACAUUAAAUGAAACAUAUUUUCUCACUUUUAACAACAAAUUAACACUUUUCUAAGUACAUUGCAGAAGUAACGCCUUUUGACAGCUAAAGGAAGCGGAAAACUGUAAAUUAAAACAGUGCUGCCAUACGAGCAAGUGGUGACAUUUAAUUCGUCAGGGUAGCAUUUUCAUUAUAAAAAUUAGUUUAAA